AGAAUACUGCCGCAACUCCUUCACUCACCAUGUUCCGCGCCUUACACCUAGCACACUGUACUAACCCCUUCACAUACCUCUCAUACAUAAACCUCUCGCGGAGAUCGUUUUCUAUCUCCGCCCUCUCUCUAGCCGAUAAGCCCCUCCCUCCUCGACUGAAGUUCCAAGAUGCCGACUUGACCAUUUCCUACCUCAAGGGCACUGGUCCCGGGGGGCAAAAAAUCAACAAAACCAAUUCCGCCGUCCAGAUCAUUCACAAGCCCACCGGCAUAGUGGUCAAGUCACAAGCUACCCGGUCGCGGUCGCAGAAUGAGAAAUAUGCUCGGCAGAUUCUGGCUGAUAAAGUCGAACAGCUUCUCAAUGGAGACAAUAGCCGCGCCGCCAUCAAGGCUGAUCGAGCACGAAAAAAGAAAGCAAGCAAGAUGAAGAAGGCUCGGCGCAAAUAUCGUGACUUAGAAAAGGGCCAAGAAGGAGCAACGGAAGAGCUUGACAACGUCGAACUCAUGGGAGAAAUGGACGAAAGUGCAAGCGAGUUCUUAGAACAUCGGCGAGGAGGGGAGACGGACGUCGUUCCAGACACGCAUGGGCAGAAGCAAUAGCUUAUGCCUUUUCAAAGUUGUAGCAGGUACCGCGUGGUUCUAGCUUGUUAUUGGUAGGCACACGCACCAUUACACAGACAGCAGUAAGUACAUCAAGUUAUUAAGCAGG